GAGAGCAGGGGUGGGAGGAGCGGAGGGAGGAGUCAGGGAACUUUCCUUUUGGGGCAUUGUGGGAAGCAGCCAUGGUCUGAGCGGCGCGCACCUGCCAGCCCCGCGGGCUUCUGCGCUGUGCUCCGGCCUUCGAGCCCCGCGUCCUGCCGGCAGAGACGGCGGCGGCCCGGCCACCAUGAUACAAUUCAUCUUGCUCUUCAGUCGGCAAGGGAAACUGCGGCUGCAGAAAUGGUACACCACCCUCCCCGACAAAGAAAGAAAAAGGAUCACCAGGGAAAUCAUUCAGAUCGUUCUCUCUCGGGGCUACAGGACCAGCAGUUUUAUUGACUGGAAGGAGCUGAAACUUGUUUAUAAAAGGUAUGCUAGUUUAUAUUUUUGCUGUGCAAUAGAAAACCAAGACAAUGAGCUCUUGACACUAGAGAUUGUGCAUCGGUAUGUGGAGUUGCUGGACAAAUACUUUGGAAAUGUCUGCGAGCUGGAUAUUAUCUUUAAUUUUGAAAAGGCAUAUUUUAUCCUUGAUGAGUUUAUAAUAGGUGGGGAAGUUCAAGAAACAUCUAAGAAAACUGCUGUGAAGGCCAUUGAAGAAUCUGACAUGCUACAGGAGACGAUGGAAGAAUAUAUGAACAAACCCACAUUUUAGCCAUGCGUCUACUUGAGGACUCAGUGCUCUGAGCUGUGCACUAUGAAGAAACAACACCCUGUAUCCAGUC